CUGUCACGAACACGCGUAGCUCAUUGGUGGUUGCGCGAGUGAGCCCCGCCCGUCGGCUUUGGAGCCCUCUCUCUCUCUCUCGCCCUUUCCUCCCUCCUUUCGUGCCGCUUCGGGCUUCUUCCUCCGCCCUCACUCCCCUCUCUCCUCCCCCCAUCCGCCACCUCGUCUCUACCAUCCCUAAGCCUCGGUCACGCGUCACCUCCUUUCCUCACCCUCUAGGAUGGAGGGGAAUUAAUCUUCUAACAGCACAACUGAAGAACAACAAAGCAGUAUCAUCUCCGAAGUUAAUCGUCAUCCAAUGGGGGGAGCUUGUUCCAGGAAGAGAGACCUUCUCGAUGAAGAUGAUUUGCGCAGGUCUGGAAGAUACUCUAAGAGUGGAAGCUCAAAAUGGUUAUUACUUAUGCUGCCCCGUUGCAGCACAGAUGUCACAGCUGGAAGGCAAGGAAAGUGCCCUUCGCUCAUGGAGUUGUGUGUGGCUAAAGUUCGUGAGGAUAUAAAAAGGUAUACCAGCUUUUCCAUGCUUCCAAGAGACCUUAGCCAGCAGAUAUUCAAUGAAUUAGUGGAAUCUCAUUGCCUUACUGAUGGAUCUCUUGAAGCUUUUUGGGAUUGUGCUCUUCAGGAUAUUCAUCUUGGAGAAUAUCCAGGAGUGAAGGAUGGUUGGAUGGGCAUAGUUUCUUCUCAGGGGCAAUCACUUUUGUCCCUUGAUAUCUCUUGCUCUGAUGUGACAGAUUCUGGACUGUUUCUCCUGAAAAAUUGCUCCAAUAUCCAGAGCUUGAAAUGUAAUUACUGUGACCAAAUAUCAGAUUAUGGCUUAGAACACAUAUCUGGACUUCCAAACUUGACGUCUUUAAGUUUCAAGAAGAGCCAUGCUAUCACUGCCGAAGGAAUCAGGUCUUUUACCAACUUAAUUAACUUGGUAAAUUUGGAUCUGGAGAGAUGCUUAAAGAUUCAUGGUGGACUUAUUUAUUUGAAAGAUUUGAAAAAGCUUGAAUCCCUUAACAUCAGAUACUGCAAUUGUGUAACAGAUGCAGACAUGGAGCCUCUUUCAGGUCUUACAAACUUAAAAGAGUUGCAAAUGUCAUGUUGUAAAGUUACUGAUGUGGGCAUCGCUCAUUUGAGAGGUAAGAUGUAUUGUAUAUUUUCUGUUCUUGCCCUUGCAGUUUGUUAUUCUAUGUUUUGUUAUUCUCUGUCCUUUGAAACUAAUUGUCAGGGAGACUCCUGUUUUUCUAUUCUGUUUCAAAAUGCAUUUGUUUCUACAUUUAAGUUCCUUGCAGGCUUAUCUAAAGUUGCUCACUUGGACCUGGAGGGUUGUCCAGUUACUUCUUCUUGCUUGGAUGUUAUAUCAGGCUUCACAUCAUUGGUAUUUCUGAACUUGAGCCGAUGUGGUAUAUCUGAUGAUGGAAGUGAGAAUUUUUCCGGGCUUCAGAAGUUGAAAGUCUUGAACUUGGGGUUCAACAACAUUACUGAUGCAUGUUUGGUGUAUCUUAAAGAAUCGAUCAAUUUGGAGAGCUUAAAUUUGGAUUCUUGCAAGAUUGGUGAUGAAGGUUUAUUAAACUUGAAAGGCCUUCUACAGUUAAAAUGUUUGGAGCUGUCAGAUACUGAAAUUGGAAGCAAUGGACUGAGCCAUCUCUCUGGUUUACACAACUUGGAGAGUAUCAAUCUGUCAUUUACAGCAGUAACUGAUGGUGGUUUGAGGAGGCUGUCUGGAUUAACUUCCAUUAAAUCUCUUAAUUUGGAUGUUCGCCAGAUAACAGAUGUAGGCUUAACGGCUAUUACCGGUCUUACUGGAUUAACCCAUCUGGAUCUUUUUGGAGCUCGUAUCACAGACUUAGGGACAAACUGUUUCCAGCAUUUCAAGAACCUGCAGUCACUUGAGGUAUGUGGUGGGUCGAUAACCGAUGCUGGAGUCAAGAACAUCAAGGACCUCAAAUCUCUUACUCUAUUAAAUCUGUCUCAGAAUUGCAACCUCACAGAUAAGACUCUGGAAUUGAUUUCAGGAUUAACUGCAUUGGUUUCUCUUAAUGUAUCAAACUCACGCAUAACAAAUGCUGGAUUACAACAUCUGAAACCACUGAAGAAUCUGAGAUCACUUACCCUGGAGUCAUGCAAAGUAACUGCUACCGAAAUAAAGAAGCUACGGUUGGCUGCGUUGCCAAAUCUGCUUAGCGUUCGACCCGAGUAGUUCGAGGCCAAGCGUCUGUAGAUAGUCUGCCUCUGGACAGAUGACAGUGUGCGCACAUAUAAGGUGAUCUGCCAAGCGGAAUCCGACGGAGUCGUAAAUAAUGGGUGAUGUCUAGUCCUUGUGUUCUGAUCUAGUUUAAUUUAGAGGUGGGCAAACUUGCACAUAUAACUAAUGCAGUAGUAUGUAAAUAUGCUUCAUCCUGAACACAUGCAAGUAUUCUCACCUGAAAUAAUGAUUGUAAAUAUUUAUGUACAUAUGUUGGGAUUAUGUUGGUUUCUGUUUCAGCAUCUCUGUAGAUAUUGUAUGAUUGAUUGCUCAAA